UAAUACUCAAACUAGCUACUAAGGUUUUUUGAGUCCGCGCGAUGGUGACAGCUUCGUGUGAAGAAGACCACCACGAGCAGCGCUCGCGAAUUACGAGCGAAGGCGAAGCCGUAGCAGGCCACGACAUGACCAUCCUGCUGGCGUUUAAGAUCCGUGUGCGUAGCACGCGGUGUUAAACCCAGUUGUACAAGUGGACAAGCGAAGGCGAAGCCGGAGCGGGCUUAGGGUUUUGUCGAAGCGAGCCCAGAGUUCAGCAAGUUACUAGUAACCAGGAGGUUGCCAACCCCAACAUUCAGAACUAGCCGAUUGAAAACGAAUAUACUACCCUCUUUUUCGAAC